AUGAAGUCUCGUCGACCUAGCUGCACUGACUCUGGAUCUGAGUCCUCAGAGCCAGACUCCAAGAGCCCAGAGAAGUACGAGACUGCCACAAGGAGACGAAUGGCUGCCAACGCCAGAGAGAGAAAAAGGAUGCAGGGCCUGAACACAGCUUUUGAUUGCUUACGUAAAGUGGUGCCCCAGUGGGGACAAGACAAAAAACUCUCCAAAUAUGAGACCCUACAGAUGGCACUCAGCUACAUCAUGGCCCUCAACCGGAUCCUGACAGACGCCAGGAGGCACACUGCUCCUCACAGGCAGUGGUUGGACCUGCAGUUUGACGUAGUGCAGCCUGAAAACUACUCCUGCCUCAUGAGGUAUGAGCAUCCUCCAGGAGAGGAGCAAGUCCACUCAUCGUUCUCCUACCAGUACGACGGCUAUCAGGUCCACGCAUAA